AUGGCCGAUGCUCAAGUUUGGGGUGAGGGUGGCCGCGACCAGCAGCUCAAGGCUGCUUUCAAGGAGUUUGUGUCGUGGGCUAAAGUCCACAAGAUCCAGCACAGCCAACCGAGCUUCAGCACGACAAGCCCCGGCUACCCGAGCUUCCAUUGCAAAGCCUACAAUGGCCGAGUGGUGUUGGCCUGGAUGGCUGGAAAAGCCGUUCAGAAUGUCAACAGCUAUCAAGAUGAGCAGCUGGCAACAGCAUUGCAAUCUGGUUGCAACAUUGCUAGUCUAACUUGCUAUAAGGGUUAUCUACAGGUAGGUGCUAGAACUGAGAACAUCCCUACUGCCAACCCAGCCCUAAUCAUCACUCCAGGUGGCACCUUGCCCACUGGUUCAAUCUUUGCGAGCGCUCCCCGCAGCUCCUGA